AAAACGAAGCAUAGUUAAACCAAAAUGGCACAUCCUGGUAGACCAAGACGGCGCAAUAAGACCCCAAGUCAGAGCAUACCACAUCAACAAGUUCCACAACACUACCUCAAACCCAUAAAAGAGGAGCCCACAACCAAUUUGCACGAUGAGAGCGAUUUGAUAUCGUUUCGAACUGACGCAUACACAAGGUUUAUUAACAAUCAAGAACUAUUGGAAAACGUGGUCUCCAAGUACAUCCACUCUUCUAAGAUCAUACCUCCCAAGUCGUUCCCCGACCCGCUUCCCAAGAGUUCAGACCUAAAUGCGUUAAAAUACGAUGAAGUGUAUUUUGGAGAUUUGGCAGCGUUGAAGCACAUAAACGAGAAGCUAGAGAAGGAAUUGAACAGUAAAGAAGAAGACAUAACACUCAGUAAAGAGUACGAAUUUCAAAGUCAAAGCACCGCUCGUUUGGCCCGUUUGACCUGUGACCUCAAAGAUGAGCUGUGUAUUGAGGCAUUGGAAACAGAGAUGAAAAAGAUAUUGGCUGAGUACAAAAACACUUUCCAUAUGAAAUUCGAGUCCAUCCAAAACUAUAAGCCUUACAAAGCGUCUAUAGAUGUCCACGUGGACAGUGCUCCUGCAAAUUAUAACCCUCGUCUGUUGGACUCAAUGAUAAAUAUGAACCAGCCACAACUGCCCGAACAAAACAACAUUGAAAUCCCCCACAACCCGGGUUUGGGGCAGAACGGAAACUCUCACACUAAUGGUCAGGAUGGUGGGAAUGGGGACAAUGACUAUUUUGACAACUCAUUCUUGGAGUUCCAACAACCUCAGCUGAAAGACAUGUUGAAUGAUAUAGUGGAUGAUGACAUGGGAGGCCUUAUUAACUUCCAGGAUGAUGACAUUAUGAACGGUAACUUUGAUGAGGACUUCUUGAGCCAAAUUGACCACAGCAUGGAAUAAAACGAUACUUUGUACAAUUAUGUAUUAAUAGAUAACCACCCAAUUGGCCCGUAUAUGGUAGAUUUGGCCAUUAAAUGAUAUAUGUGGAUGACUAGUAAACAGAAACUUUCCUAAGCAGAUUGGCCUAUUUUGAUGUAAGCCUUCAUUCGUCUUAGUGAUUCCUCAUGUGCCAGAAGGAAUCCAAAUCAUCU